AUGCCCCGCGAGCGCGAGGGCUUCCUGCUGUCGGGCGACUGGGCGGCCGUGGCCUACCUGCGGCACGCCGCGGCAGGGCGGGGCGCCAGCAGCAGCCGGCCGCCGGAGGGCGCGGCCUUCCACGACCUCGACGAGUGCCACCUGCUGUGCCAGGGCGGCGCGGCGCUGGAGAGGUGGCUGGAGGACAGGAUCGACGCCUUCGUCUCGCAGAACAUCCUCGAGGCGCCCGAGGACGCCGUGACCUUCAGCCAGGGGGCGGAGGCCCCGAGGGCCAGGGCCCGGGCCCCCGCGGCGCGGGAGGCGCCCGCUGCCCCGCCCGCCCCGGGCGCGGCCGGGGCCCCGCGGCCCGCCAAGGGCCGCGGCCGGGGCGUGAAGCGCGCGGCUCCGGAGGCGGCCCCGCAGGCAGCGUUCGCCUUCUCGGCGCGUGCUGCGCAGGCGAGAGACGCGAUCGACCUGGAGUGA